UAUGUGUCUUUCAGGCGAUGUUUCUACUGUGACGUAUAAUCUAGUGGACGCAACGCUUCUUCACCACCUGCAGCCACCUCGGUAGCUCGCUAGACAACGAAGUCGGAACAUUCAAGUUCUUUAGACAAUUUCCUGGUUUGUUUGCCACUAUGAUUUAAACAUACUUAUGCGGAAACAACUAGCUAUCCCAUUGAAUUCAAUAUUUACGUUGUAAGUCAACUUGCUGGCUGGUUAAGUUAGCACUAGUCUAGUCGCUAAUGCUAACUAGCUAACAUCUCCGACCAUGAGUUCACUAAGCUACUCUCCUGCUGAAGAAGAGGAGGUCUGCUGGACGGAGAAAGAAGCUCACGUGAAAGAGGAGGAGGAAGAGGAGGCUAUUACAAUACUAAAACAAGUAGAGGGUGAGGCUGUUACCAUGAAAGAAGAAGCGAAAGACGCCUUCAGAGUGAAAGAGGAGGAAGAUGUUACUGUGAAAGAAGAGGAUGAAUAUUCGGUUUUUGGAGUGGAGGAUGAAGUGAAAGAAGAUGAAGAGGUUUUUGGAAUAAAGGAUGAAGAGGGGGAGAUUACUGUCACAUUAGAGGAGGAUGAAGAAGAGAGAACUGGAGAACUGAUUAACACCAGUAAAUACAAAGAGAGAUGUGACUAUCGUGGAUCCUCUGGGGGGCCUCAACAUCCUCAGGAUGCUGACAGGGCAGAGAAGAGUCUCUCCAGAUCAGAACACCUCAAGAAACACCUGCGGAGAUCCACAAGGAAGAAAUCUAAUUGCUGCUCUGACUGUCGGAGAGGUUGCAAAUCUUCAUCAGAACUUAAAAUACACCAGAGAACACACACUGGAGAGAAGCCUUAUAGCUGUAAUCAAUGUGGGAAGAGUUACUUAAGAUCAGAUUCACUAAAAGUACACAUGAGAAGUCACACUGGAGAGAAACCUUAUAGCUGUACUCAAUGUGGGAAGAGUUUUAGUCAGUCAAGCAACCUGUUAUCACACCAGAGAAAACACACAGGAGAGAAAUAUUAUAGCUGUAAUCAAUGUGGGAAGAGUUUUACUACAUCAAGCCAUCUGAUUCGACACCAGAGAACACACACAGGAGAGAAGCCUUAUAGUUGUAAUCAAUGUGGGAAGAGUUUUACUCAGUCAAGCACCCUGGUAUCACACCAGAGAAUACACACAGGAGAGAAGCCUCAUAGUUGUAAUCAAUGUGGGAAGAGUUUUACUCAGUUAAGCACCCUGAUAUCACACCAGAGAACACACACAGGAGAGAAACCUUAUAGUUGUGACCAAUGUGGGAAGAUUUUUACUACAUCUAGUGAUCUGACGGUACACCAGAGAACACACACAGGAGAGAAACCUUAUAGCUGUGAUCAAUGUGACAAGAGAUACUCUGAUAAAAGAUCUCUGAUCAAACAUCAGAAAAUACAUUCAUGAAGGAGUUGUUUCAUGAUAUCAAUGAAAUAAUGUCACAAUGUAGAAUGUUUUAACAUUGUAGUAGGAGUAUUUUAAUGCUGUCACAAUGUAGAACCCUAAAUGUUUGCCCCCUUAUCAAUUGGUUUCGGCAUUCAUCUUUCCCUUGAUCUUGACGAGUCUGCCAGUCCCUGCCACUGAAAAACAUCCCCACAGCAUGAUGCUGCCACCACCGUGCUUCACCGUAGGGAUGGUGCCUGGUUUCCUCCAGAUGUGACACUAGGCAUUCAGGCCAAAGAGUUACAUUUUGGUUUCAUCAGGCCAGAGAAUGUUAUUUCUCAAGGUCAGUCCUUUACGUGCCUUUUGGCAAACACCAAGCAGGCUGUCAUGUGCCUUUUACUGAGGAGUGGCUUCCCCAUGGCCACUCGAUCAUAAAGGCCUGAUUGGUGGAGUGCUAUAUAGAUGGUUGUCCUUCUGGAAGGUUCUCUCAUCUCUACAGAGGAACUCUGGAGCUCUGUCAUAGUGACCAGCAGGUUCUUGGUCACAUCCUUGAACAAGGCCCUUCUCCCCUGACUGAUCUGUUUGAAGAGUCUUGGUGUUUCCAAACCUCUUCCAUUUAAGAAUGAUGGAGGCCAGUGUGUUCUUGGGGACCUUCAAUACUGCAGACAUUUUUUGGUACCCUUUGGUGUGUAAAAAUUCAAGGGGUCUGAAUACUUAAUGCUUUUGGUUUACUGUUAGAAUAAGUUGUAUGACUACACCAAUACUGUUCAACGAUUCACAGACCUAGAAAAUACAUGUCCAACCUUGCUGCUAGAGAUCUAGCUACUGGGUGUGCAGGUUUCUGUUCCAACCCUGCACUAACACCUGCUAUUGUGUUGAUUAUUUGGUUUAGACACUAUUCAAUCAUGUCUUGUUUUGGAGUCAGAUGGAUGUCUAAACCCACUGCCCAUUUCCACAGGUGUUCUUUAUGAUAGGAAAUAAAGGGCUGAUUCACAGAAUGAA